UUAUAGUUACUGUGAGGAUAUGUGUAUCAAAUGUAGUGGAUACUUAAUAAAUGGUAAUGAUUGUCUCUAACCUUUUAUGGUUUCUUCCAAACUUAGGAAAAACUCCUGAUAAAGACUAACUUGGUGUUUCCUGGUUUGAUUGGCCUCAGUUUCUCCAUUUGGAAAAUGUCAUGUUAGUUUAGCAUCAAACUGACAUUCCACUGACCAAAGCUGGCCUUUAGAUAUGUUUUAUUUGGCCCACAUAAGAUAUAAAGAAAAAGGUGCCAAUAUUAAAAAAUUAACAUGUUGAACAUAAAAAACCUGUUUCCCAGUUUCCCAAUUUCAUUUGAAAAAAUCAGAAGAUGUGGCAACCUUGAGCCCAUGUUUCUGCCUGGUAGCAAUCCACUAGGGCCAAAAAAGUCUGCCCCUUUAGGUAAGGGGCAGUCUCAGUUUUCCAGCCAUCACCUUCCCCUUUUAACUCAUUUAUAUGAUCUGCUUGGCCCUUAGGUAUUUCAUUUUGUGGCCCUCUGGACAGCAGGAAACUGUUGUAUGGUCAUAAUAAGAAGUCCAAGUUUGUGCUUUAUUUGUGGUAGUUUUUAGUGGUACUGGGAAUAGAUCCAGAGCCUUGGGCAUGCAAGGCCCAGUCCUUGCCGUGGGUCUUGAAUAACUGAGAGGUGAACUGAAUAAGUCCUUUCUGUCAGUCAGGACAGAUGAGGUUAGGCUAUAGUAACAAAUAAUCCCCAAAUCUCAGUACUUAAAACAACAAAGGUUUAUUUUUUGCUUACUCACACAAACCUAGACAUGUAAUGAAAGUACUCUCCUGUUUUCAUAUGCAUGGAGACAGACAUGAGUGCAUAGGUAUAUACAGAACAUGAACUCAUGCAGAAACAUAUUUCGAUACUGGUCAGCUUAAACUGUACAACUCUUUCUUGGAUAUCUGAAAAGAUCCUAGGACCCAAGGACGGGUAUGAAAAUAUCCAUCUUUGGACAAGGAAAUGCCCACACUAUAAAAGGAACUGAAAGCUAACAAAGCACCUGAAAGCUUAAAAAAGAGCCUGAAGCUUGUACUACAUUAAAUUCCAUGCAAAAAUCUGUAAGUAAAAUACCAAAUAUGCAGUGCCUGUGGGCUAUUGAUUCCUUGCCCCAGUGAAACAGCCUCCACCUCUGGGCUUCUAACUCAGAAGAGAGAUGGACCCCAGACGCCCAAUAUGCAGAGAGACUGAGGGAGCUGGGCUGGGUCGGAGAGAGGGGCCGACAGGUUGGAAUCCUCUUCCUCCAGCAGGAGCUGCAGGCAGGAAAAGGCCGGACCAGGUCAUAUCCCUUCCCCUUCCCAGCGACUCCCUCUGUUUACCCCAUCUGAUCCACCUCACCCUAUUUACCUGCUUACUGCACAGACCUCCUCAUGCUUAUUUUCCUCAUCUCCAAUCUUGCUUUCUCUGACCCCUCCACUAAAGCCACCAUAUUUUUCUUUCUCAAGCUCAGGCUCUCUGAAUAUAUCUUGCUUAGUUUAGAAACAUUCCUUGGCCCCACUUUGUGUACAGUUGCUGGUGUAAACUCCUAAGUCCAGCAUGCCAGAUCUCCACAAUCAGAAGCCUAUCUAGCUGCAUUUCUCCCUGUUAUAGCAAUUCCUCUAGGCCAAUCCACUAUUGGACAGAGGGAUUCUCAGCCUUCCCUCUCUGUCCCCUGAGUGUUUCUCAUGCCUCAAGAGUUCCUGAGUUCCUAUGGUCUCACCACUGAGCCUUGUGAAAGCAUCCAGAUUCCCCAACCAGGAUGGAAACUCCUGGAAGGCAGUUAUCACCUCCACCCAGGUCAGACCCUGGUUACUUCUUCAUUCCCUCUUCAGACUUCAGCAAGCAGCUAGAGUCUCGAGAGAGCCUGGAGUCAGGAGACAGUCUUCCACACUGUCUGGCUAUAUGCCCUUGGAAAAGUCCCCACCUCUAAUUUUCCUUGACAUCAGGACACUGGAUAUUUGCUGUUGAGCACAAAACUGGGUAAAUGUGAUUCAUGGAACAAGCCUCAACUAAAAUCCCAGAGACCAGGCUGAAGAACUUGGGAGCCUAUAUCUGAGGACAUUCAACUUAACUCCUUCCCUCAUCUCCGUGAUUGAUCCCUGCUUGCUCUAGUGACCUCCAUUUACUACCAUCCUUAACCCAUCCUCUCCUUUUAGGAAGCAGGUUACCUGGUGGGCCACAGGGGUGGAGCAGGGAGAUCCAGGCAGGGUUGGGAGGGACAGAAGGGGUCAGGCGGGGAGCCUGGGAUGAAUCUUUCAGACCCACAAGGGCUUCAGCUGCUUCCCGCUGCAGCUGCCGCUCUGAGGGGGCAGAUGUCCAGGCCAGGCGAGAGGCUCCGGGGGCCUGCAAAGGAAAGGGAAAGAAGCAGACUGGGAACCCCCAUUUCUGCCCACCCUGCAGGUGUUCCUUUGCCCCUGGUUCCUUCACAGUUCUUUGCUUUUCCCUUCCCCAGACUCAACCUCCUCCCUGGGUCUUGGAUACCCCUUCUUUCCCAGGACCUGUGGCUGUAGCAGAAGAGAAUCUGGGGUGCCACAGGACUGGAGUAUCAGAGUUGAGCAUCUAGAAAUAAGGAGAGAUGCCAGGGCAUAUUAAACACACAAACAGACAUGUACAUAUUCUGAUCUGGGAAUCUGAGAACCUGCUGGGCCACUGGACUUUGUGGGCUUAGGUAAAUUCUGUUCACUGUCUGGGCCUCCUUUGUUUUCCAUAAAAUGAAAAUCCCUGCCAGCUUUUCCUACCCAGGCUACUGUGAGGAUUACAGGAAAUCAUUGGUGUUAGUUUUUUAAAAAUGGACAAAAUACAUAGAAGGACUGAGAUUAUGUCCCUGCCCUACUAGAGUCUGGUUUCUCUCCCCCAGUUCCCCUAUCCCACCUUCAAGAAGCUUUCUCUAAUGGCCUCUGAGGCUCUUGUCAUAGUGGCCCUCCAUUUCAGCAGGCAAUCCUAAUUCAUCUUAUCUGUUUAAGAGGAUUUAAUAGCCUGGGCUAGGUGUAUUACAUAUAUUAUUGUUAAUUAUUAUGACAACUGGAAAGUAAUAGCAUCUCUUAUUUGACAAUAGAAAAACAGACUCAGAGAGGUACAGAUACUUAUUCAAAGGUUCACAGCUAAGAAACAGUAGAACUAGGAGAGCUCUGCCUCACCAGUCUGAGACCUUUUUUAUCAUCCCCUAUGGUGUCUAUCACAGAGUCAGGCUCAGAAUAAAUACACAUUCUUCAGUCCCUACUCACGUGUGGGGCAGGCUAGGGGGCCCUUGGGGCUCUGCAGAAAGAGGAGCCGUCAGUACUGAGCGAGAUCCUGGGAAGGUUGGGAGGGACCCAUGAGUGGGCAGCCGGAGGGAGGUGCCGGGGUCAAAGCCUAAGGAGGGUAAGAAGAUGCAGAGUGUAUAGGGGUCAGACCUCUUCCCUUUCUGAUAGUGGCAAAUUGGCACUCAACUAUCUGCUGAAUGAAUGUUGAACUAUCUUCUUACCAGGGAAGGGAUGUAGAGGGACAGCAGGUUCUUGGCACAGCAAGCGGCACACCACUGGAGGUGGCAUGGAGAGGCCUGGAGGCAGCCAGUGCCCUGGUCCCCAAGGGCCAGGAGGCACUGGAGUCCAGGGCAAAGAAACAGUGACCCAGAGGUGGGUGAACAGAGAAUUUAGGGACUGCCAAGAACUGAAUUUGGAACCCACGCUGAAAUUGGUUCCAGACUGACUUUUAGCAUACGGGACCCAGACCCAGGACCAUGGGACCCCAGCAUUUGAGACCUGUGCAACUGCUCUGCCUCCUAGGGGCCAUCUCUUCUCUACCUCGGGCUGGUACUCUUUUGUGCUACCAAUCAAAAGCCUCAGCCUUCAGAGCUGUUACCUUCCAUAACUGGAGGUGGCGUCUGAUGAAGAGCAUGGUGUGUAAGCUGAGAGAAGGCUGUGAGGAGACACUAGUGCUCAUUGAGUCAGGGACCAAAAGGGGAGUUCUGGGAUUUAAAGGCUGCAGUUCAAGCUUAUCUUACCAUCAGCAAGUCUCCUACCUUGUUGCACCUCCCGGAGUGUCCAUUGCCUCCUAUAGUCGAGUUUGCCGGACCUUUCUCUGCAAUAACCUCACCAACUUGCAGCCUUUUGUGGAACUCAAGGCCAAAUAUCAUAAAUCUACCUCAACUUCGUCACAUACUUGCCCAACAUGUGUGGGCGAGCAUGAUAAGGAAUGUCUUCCAAAUUUUGUCUCCACUGAGGCUUGUCCCUCUGUUGCCCCUAGCUGUUUCAGUUCCACCUUCAAAUUUCAGGCAGGGCUUCUCAAUACCACCUUCCUCGUCUUGGGCUGUACUCGUAAAUAUCAGAGUCUUUUGUCAAAUUUUCAUCAUAUUGGAAGUAUCAAAGUGACUGAGGUUCUCAACAUCAUUGAGAAGUCCCAGAUUGUUGGUGCAGGGCCCUCUAGUCAAGAUCGUUCUUGGGGCAUCCUCUUAGGCCUCCUGCUUGUCUUCAGGUACUGACCAUUCAGCUGGAUGAAACACCCAGACCCCUUUGAUUAACCGAAUAAAGUU